AUGUUGAUAACAAAAAAAAUUGAUACUCCUGAAAGUCGAGCUUUAUUAACUCCACAUUUAUUGAAAUUAGCCGAGUUAUUUAAAGCAAAUCAUUAUGAAUUACGAGUUGCUGGUGGUGCAGUACGUGAUGUUUUAAUGGGUAUCAUUCCACAUGAUGUUGAUUUUGCUACAACAGCAACACCUGAACAAGUUAAAGAUAUGUUAACAAAUGCUAAAAUAAGAAUGAUUAAUGCAAAUGGUGAAAAACAUGGGACAAUAACAGCUCGAAUUGAUGAUAUCGAAAAUUUCGAAAUAACAACAUUAAGAAUUGAUGUUACCACUGAUGGAAGACAUGCUGAAGUUGAAUAUACACAAGAUUGGCAAUUAGAUGCUAAUCGACGAGAUCUUACAAUUAAUGCACUUUUUCUUGAUAUGGAAGGUACAGUAUAUGAUUAUUUUAAUGGUAUUGAGGAUAUUGAUCAUCGUCGUAUUCGUUUUGUGGGUGAUGCUGUUCAACGUAUUCGCGAAGAUUAUCUUCGUAUUCUCAGAUAUUUUCGAUUUUUUGGUCGUUUUGCUCAUGAUAAUGCUGUACAUGAUGAACAAACAUUAAAAGCAAUUAGAGAAAAUGUCGAUGGUUUACAAGAUAUUGCGGGUGAACGUCUAUGGAUUGAAUUAAAACGUAUUGCAGAAGGCCGAAAUGCUGGUCCAAUAUUAAGAGUUAUGCUUGAACAACAAAUAGGACCGUAUCUUGGUAUUCCAUCGGAUGCUGAUUCAAAUCAAAUAGAAGAUCAUUGGCAACAAUGUCAUCAAGCUAAACCUCAUGAUAUGACUAUUUUAACAAAACUUUUUCGUAAUAUAGAUGAAUUAGGAAAAUUUGAUCAACGUAUGAAGUAUUCCAAUGAUUGUCGUCGUCUAUCUCAAUUAAUUGUUACAUAUCGUGAUUCAUUAUCUGUUCUUGAUUCUUCUUCUAUAGAUUCAUUGAAACCAUACAAAGAUUUACUUGUUGAUUUAAUUAUAAAUGAUCCAACUGCAAAAGAUAGAAUUGUUGAAUUACUUAAAUAUCAACAUUAUUUGAUAGAAGCUGAACAAUUAUCAAAAUGGAUUUUACCACGUUUUCCUGUUACAGGUGGAUCACUUGCAUCGAAAGGUAUUAAACAAGGACCAAAUUAUAAAUUAAUAUUGAAUGAACUUCGAGAAAACUGGAAAAAAUCACAUUUUCAAGCAACAGAAAGUCAAUUAAUUGAUGAAGUUCUACCAAAUAUAUUAGAUAAUUUAAUAAAUACAAAUGAUACAACAACAACAAAAACGAAACAAUCUGCAAAUGCAAGUUGUUCAUUGCCAAAAAAACGCAAAGAAAAAGAAUAA